CAUCUCCUCCAUCCCACCAACCAACCAGCACUAAAUAACCGAGUCGGGGGCUCGGGGCCGCAUCGGCUUCGGUUUCGUCGCCUCUCACCCACCCACCCCCUCUUCCCCCCGCAAAUCCGAGACCACGAACACAACCCCACCAAGGCAACCAGGAGCGCAGCAAGUACUGAGAAUUUCUUUUCGCGACGGCGAGGAGGCGGAGGGGAGCGAGGUGAACUGGAUCGCGCCGCCAUGUCGCUUGACGAGCUCGCCGAGAAGGAGCUGCCAUCCUCCGAGGCAAUUCAGUCGGAUUCCAGGUUCCGGAGCCUUAACCCGGGGUCGAUUCCGAUUCCAACUGUUCCAAGCUUCAGAUCAAUGAUCGAGUCGGUUUCUGAUGAGAGAGUAAAUGUAGAUGUCAUGGCCUCACGUCAAAGUGAAAAUGGCUCUAUCUCUGCAGCAAGUUCUACAGUUAGUUUAGCAGAAUCGGAGAAAGCAGCCUAUGAAUUCCUUCCUCAAACUCCUAUCAAGUCAACUGAUGCACACCUUGUUGAGUUUUCAGAGGCUAUGAGAACUGUUGCAAAAGCACUGCGACGAGUUGCAGAAGGGAAGGCUGCUGCUCAAGAAGAGGCGGUAGAGUGGAAGCGCAAGUAUGAAUUAGAGAUGGCACUCAAAGAACAUAGUAAAAUCAAAGGCUGUGGAAGUUGUACCAGUAAUAACUUAGGAAAACUGGCCAGCCAACUAACACUGGAGACACCAGCACCUGAUCAAACAGGAUGUUGUGGAAAACAUGGUAUAUGUUCACAUGAAGUCCUCCAAGACGAAGUUCCUGGACCUAACCCAAGAUCUAGCCACAAGAUGGUGGGAAGAAAGGCAUCAUUUAAACUUUCAUGGGGAUGUAAUGGGGAUAAAAAUGGCCAGCAUAAGCAUGAUUUCGUGUCCUUUGAAAAAGGAGACAUAACGACAGCAGAGCGCAGCAAUAAGCAGAUCUUACUGAAAUGGGAAUCGCCACCACAAACAGUGCUUUUUAUAACCAAACCUAAUUCCAACUCUGUGCGUGUCCUUUGUGCUGAAAUGGUCAGAUGGCUUAAGGAGCAUAAAAAUAUAAAUGUUGUUGUGGAGCCACGUGUUAGCAAGGAACUUCUAACAGAGGAUUCCUACUACGACUUCAUCCAAACUUGGGAUGACGAUGAGGAAAUAAAGCAGUUACACACGAAGGUUGAUCUCAUUGUAACUCUUGGUGGUGAUGGAACCGUUUUGUGGGCUGCAUCUUUGUUCAAAGGACCAGUUCCUCCAGUUGUUGCAUUUUCUCUUGGAUCACUGGGCUUCAUGACGCCUUUCCCAAGCGAACAAUUUCAUGAAUGUAUGGACAAUGUGCUGAAGGGACCGUUUAGCAUCACACUGAGAAACCGUCUACAGUGUCAUGUAAUCCGUGAUGCAGCUAAGGAUGAACUUGUGACCGAGGAGCCAAUCCUUGUGUUAAAUGAAGUUACAAUUGACCGUGGAAUAUCAUCUUACCUUACCUACUUGGAAUGCUACUGUGAUAGUUCUUUCGUUACUUGUGUACAAGGGGAUGGAUUAAUUAUAUCAACAACAUCUGGAAGCACAGCAUACUCAUUAGCAGCUGGAGGGUCCAUGGUUCAUCCACAGGUUCCAGGGAUCCUUUUCACACCUAUCUGUCCGCAUUCCUUGUCAUUCAGACCCUUGAUACUGCCUGAAUACGUGACUCUGCGCAUACAAGUACCUUACAAUAGCAGGGGGCAAGCUUGGGCAUCUUUCGACGGCAAAGAUCGAAAGCAGUUGUCACCCGGUGAUGCUCUGAUCUGCAGCAUCUCUCCUUGGCCUGUGCCCACAGCUUGCCUGGUGGAUUCAACAACCGAUUUCCUCCGCAGCAUCCAUGAGGGUCUCCACUGGAACUUAAGGAAGACCCAGUCAUUUGACGGCCCGCGUGAUUGAUGCAACGGUUUUUAAGUUAUAUCAGUCCAGUGCCAGGAUUGGAGCUGGGGGCAAGGCUCUGAUGGAUUCCUUCUCUCCGAAGCGUUUCCUCCAAAGUCCAGCUAAUAUCAAGAGGAGAAUUGUACCUAAGCGAGUUUGUACGUCGUUUCCUUUUUACCUUUCCAUACUUAUAGAAUGUUGCGUUUAGAUGUGGGGUGUAGUGCAGAGUCCAAAUAUAAUGGCCACGAGUGUGUACAGGUUUUUUAAGUUGAUACAUGUGGCGGAGGAUCCGGAUAAAGUAUGGGGGAGUAGAUAUGGGUGUCAACCACUCAAAAUGUAGAAUACACCAAUGUAUGUAUACAUGUGAUGUGCCCCCAGUCUGAAUGAAAUAAUUCGUUAGUUAUGAAA